CGCUAAUACUUUGUGUGAAGUCAAGCGACUCGGCGGGAGUCCUACCACAGAUGAUAAAACUAUAAACACGGCCAAUCUAGUAUCAGUUUAUAAACAGAACGGUUUACUCGUGCGUGCGUGAUAUAUUUUCUUUUGUUUUUUUUUUAAAUAAUAGCUGCUAUGAGUACUAAGUGGGAUGAUAAUGAGGUGGUGCAAAGGUUUAGGGAGUAUUUAAGGAUUCCAAGCGUCCAUCCCGACCCAGAUUACAGCGGCUGUGUAGAGUUCCUGAAGAAAAUGGCCGGGGAACUUGGUUUACCAGUAGUCGUAUACGAGUUUGUGCCCAAGAAACCAGUGGUGGUGAUGUCAUGGGUUGGAGAGCAGCCUGACGAGCCCUCCAUCUUGCUAAACUCCCAUAUUGAUGUGGUCCCCGUUAAUGAGGAAAACUGGCUUUAUCCACCAUUUUCGGCUCAUAUCAACGAAGAUGGGUACAUCUACGCUAGGGGCACUCAAGAUAUGAAAAGCAUCGGGAUGAUGCAUAUUGAAGCUGUGAGGAAACUCAAGGAGGCUGGUGUUAAACUAAAGAGAACUUUUCAUUUGUCCUUUGUACCGGAUGAAGAAAUUGGUGGUCUCGACGGAAUGGCCAAGUUUUCCGAGUCGAAUGAGUUUAAAAAACUAAACAUUGGUUUUGCUUUAGACGAGAGCGUGUCCAACAAAGAUCCGAAUGAGAUCAUAGCUUUCAACAGCGAAAGGACUUCUAGGCAAAUCACUGUAUCAUGUCCCGGACAACCUGGGCACGGUUCAUUGUUAACUUCGAACACAGCUGGAGAAAGGCUUCACCACAUAAUAUCUCAGUUCAUGGGUUUUCGAGCUCAGGAGAAGAAGAAGGUAGAAGAAGAUGGAGUCUGGAUAGGAGAUGUCACUACUAUUAACUUAACACAGAUAUCGGGUGGGGUCCAGAUAAAUGUGUUGCCAGAUAACUUAACAGUAUCGUUUGACAUCAGAAUCGCACCACAAGUCGAUCACGAUGAAUUUGAAGCGAUGUUAUCAAGAUGGUGCACAGAAGCGGGCUCUGGCGUCACGUUUGAGUACAUCGUUAAAAACCCACAGGUCAAGAGUACACCGUUAGAAGGAAAUAUAUACUGGGAGACGAUACAACAAGUUGUUGGAAGCUUUGGCGUCAAGAUCAGAUGUGUGACGUGUCCGGGGGCGACGGACGCUCGCUACGUGCGGCGCCAGGGCAUCCCUGCCAUCAACUUCUCUCCCAUCAUGAACUCUGAGUUACUCCUCCACUGCAAUAACGAGACGAUACAUGUCGACGUUUACCUGAAAGGGGUCGAUAUUAUGACGGAAGUUGUGCGAGCACUUGGGGAUUUGUAACGUCAUGUAAACCAUAUAUUGUUUUGUAACUUUUGUUAGGAUCCAACUGGAUGAGGAACAGACUAUUUACUCUUGCAUAGUUUUGGACUUAAUCGGAGUAUUUAAUCAUGAGCUAUCUCUUAUUAAAUAAUGCAAAGUUUUACUCUCGCGUGUUUACCCUUACUGCCCGACUAGUUUCGGGCCCAACCGGAGUUCUUAAGCCUAACUCCUUGAAACAAAAUCUUUUAUAAUAUCGACCCUUCAUUGUUUAGUAAAACAUUUACAACAAAUUGUCUGUAAUUUUAACAAAGUAGUUAUAAUUGAUAGAUUAAUUUCUAUUUAACCUAAGAAUUACUAUUUACCUUCAUUCUAUGACUAUACUGAGUAGAUAUUUUGUUCCAGAAUUUUAAAAUUAGUUCAAGAAAUUCCAAAUUUUGUUUAAGAAUAGGAUUUCUCAAAGAACUUUAGUGUUUUUGGUGAUGGCGUUGUAGUGUACAAUAGCAUUUAUUAAAUGUAAAUAAUUAGUGAACAAAUCUUCAAUAAUUUACUAUUAUAGUUUUCAUAGAUC